UGCUGAGGUGGGGUGACAUUUAAAUCACUAAGCGGCGGCGUUUAAUCUGUUUUUCACACUUUUCCACACAUAAACGCGCCUUUUAGGCUGCAUUAAUUUAUAAAAAUGUCAUCGAUAGACCGAUUGGACGUUUUACGAGAGCGUAACAAAGAUUUAUUGAUCCAGUUGAAGCAGCAGAGAGAGAAGCUGCAGCGUCUGGGCGGCUGCUGCAGUCCGAGCCGCAAGAGGGAGAGAGAGGCCGAAGAGGUGUGGACCCUGACCGGCGGGGACCGAGUGCCAGCUAGGGCCGCCCUCACUACAUCCACUGGGAGGUUUGAAGAUGCAUGUGAGAGAGAAACAGAUACCCAGGAAACUAUUUCAACACCACAUUUGACCUUCAAGCACAGAGGAGGAACUGCUGAACGUACAGCAGAGAUUUCAUCACGGAGAGACUGCGACAGAUACACCCGAGUCCAUGAUGGGCUACAAGAAACAAGGCCAUUUAGCACUAAGUCCUGCUUAGUACAUCAUGGCAAAGAACAGAGGGAGGCACGGAGUCGAGUAACAUUUCAGUCUGAUGAAUGUGAAGAGAUACCUGCUUUAGAAAGACAUCAUUUGCAGCCUUUACUUGGAUAUGAUUGGAUAGCAGGAGUCCUGGAUGUGGAAGACUCUUUGAUAGAGCACUCUGAUGAGUUCUUCAGUGACCUUUGUGCAUUUCGAUCACUCAAUAAAGACGAGUGCGUCCACACCCAACAAGCGGAAUUUUCUGAGGAGAACCAUUCAGACCUGCCAUUGUUAACAGACAAGGACGGCCCGGAGGCCAACAAGGACACUCAUAAGUGUACGUUCUCUUACAGGAUUAACAGCAGACUGUUCCCCGUUCCGCUUCACUCUGAAGAGUGCUGUCCUGUGUGUAAAAAGCAUAAAACCUCCCAACCUCAUACUACUGCUGACCCAGCUCUCAUCAGGGUUAGCAUCCCUCGUUCCACCCUCUUGCCACCUUACAAGUACAAAGCUCACCGGCGAUGCAGCUUUGAUCCUUCUGAUAGUUUGGGGUUACCAUCGCACUGUCUCUCAGGCUGGUCGAACACAGGUCAGAGCACGCUGUCACCACCCAGUAGCCUUGAUCUGCGGAGCAGUCUGAAUAUGCAGAGCUCCACAGGGCCGCACAACAAGGACCUGGAGGAUCUCUCUUUGUCCAGAGUGUCACGAAACCAGCACAGCUCUGACCAGAUCUCAGAUGUGUCUCGCUUGGCUCGUCACAACUUUCAGCACUCCUCAACCCGAAGAAAACUAGGAAGCACAUCUUACCCUGCGUGCUGACAAACCAUCAAAAUCUAUUUUUAUGAUUUUUGCAAAAAAAAAAAAAACGCUGUGUCCUGCAGCGCCCAAAAUAAUUCCCCAUUUUUAUGUUUAUGUUUUAAUUCUUUUGUAUUUCUUUUUUGUACAAGUUCUAUCUGAAUAAUGCUUUUUCUAUAAUGUCUAAAUAUGUUUUCCUAAGUUAGACUUUUCAAUAUGAAACAAUGGCCUUUUCAGAUAUGCCUUAUCUUGAAUAGAUUCAUUUGAAAUAUGAGAUCAUUUCUUCUGAAUUCAAUAAAUUGAUUUAAAGAAUAAACAUCAUGUAUGUCCAGUAACAUGGAGCGAUUUACAAGAUAGAGCAGCAAAUAUAAUUUACAUUGUAGUCGUCUUCUUUUUGUUCCCAUUUAAAUUAAUUACAGCCGACAUGUGACAGUCUUGUGAGGCAAAAGAUCACAUUACACCACAGUGGAAAUUGAGGACAUUACCACAUGUCGACCCUUUGACAGCAAAGGUUGAAUAUGUCUUUGUUUUGUAAAU